GAAUUAGAAAAUUGGGUCGCGAUUUACUGAAUUAAAAUAGUGGAACAUUUAGUUUCAGUUCUGUAACCAUCUUUGCCAACAAUACAGCUGUAAAGUUAAUUUCGUCACAUUUGCAAUUGGAAAGACGCAGUUACGAUCAGAAGGAGAUAGCAAGUAAUAGGAAUUACAUAAAACGAUUGAAGAUGAGAGAGAGAGAGGGAAAAAAACAGAGAGGAGGAGAUUGUAAGAGAGAGGGGAGGUAAAUAGAAAGUAAAUUUAGAUAAAGAAGGCAAAAUAGGGAGAGAUACUGUAAGACAGGGAUGUAGACAGAGAGAGGGCGUGACAAGGAGUGAAAAGAUAAGGAAGACAAGAAGAGAACGAAAUAUAAUUAGAGAUAAGGUGCGUGACGUAAGGGAGGUAACUCGUAAGAAGGCAAGCCUAGCUUUGUCUCUAUUUCAAUUGACAAUUGUAGCGUGAACCUGUUUAUCAUUCUUACUGACGCCACAAAUAUAAAACUUACUCCCCCAUACACUUUCUGUUACCUAGAAUGGAAAAAUACUCGCUGCGCUGAUUUUAUCUGAGGCUAUUCUGAACUUUUGUUUGUUUGUUCACAAUAUUAAUUAACACAAACUUAAUUCCAAGACUUGAAGUAAAUUUGAAACUAAGCUUUCACUAUCAUUCUCUCUCCCGCCUUGAUUUGUUUUUUUCUUUCUCCGUUUGCCCUACUCCACAUCUCCCCCCCACCCACUUCUUUCAUUCGUUCUGUCUAUCGCGGUUAAACGUUCUCCCUUCCUCUUCAAAAGUAUAAAAUCUUUUUCCGUCUUCAGGUAUAGAUUGUAUUUUUGGAUCAAGUUAAUACAUUUUUAAAGAGCUUUACUCAGACUUGGACACACGCACACAUCCAUAACACAAUGGGCAAUAUCGAAGAAUUGGUACUAUCAAAAAUCAACAACAAAAAGGUUGUGAUAUUUUCCAAAUCGUACUGUCCAUUUUGUUCCAAAGCCAAACAGGCUUUCAGAGAUCACAUCGGUAGCAUCAUCAGUCCUGAUGAUUAUGAAGUGAUGGAAUUGGAAGAUCAUCCAGAUGCAGAAAAAAUCUUGGAUUACUUGCUAGAUUUCACUGGAUCCAGAACGUUCGGACACCUACAUAUUUUCGUUGAUAUGAGAACAUAUAUAUACAGGUAUAUAAUUUUGGAUAUGAUACCUGGCACUACAAAACAUCCUGAUGUUAAUCCUAAUAUCAACUACAGGAGAAGAGGAAAGUAGCAACAACAAAAAAAU